UUCCAUUGAUAUUUGAUGUAUUUUUGUCAUUUACGUGUAAAAUUACUGAUGUAUUUAGUUAUGAAAAAAUAAUACUGUUGUAGGUUAUUUAAAAAACCUAAUGCUGAUAUUAUUGUAGUAACACAUGAGGAUAAAUUAGGUUUUUAAAUAUAACUGGAUUGGACUAUUGGUCAUUGGAGCACAGUCAAAAUGACCGAUACUGUGAAUAUGUCCCUCGACGAAAUAAUAAAACAGAACAAAAAAAAUCAAAGCAAUAGAGGCGGUGGAACUAUGCGCGGGCGCGGUGGACAACGCGGUCGUGGAGGCAGAGGAAGAGGUGCUGGCGGUCGGGGACGUUCCCAGUCACGAUCGAGAACGCCAAAUAAUAACGGACGAUCGCGUUCACGCUCUCGGUCAAGAGGGCCUCGAAGCCAGUCUCAAAAUCGGAAUAGAUCACGGUCCCAACAGCGCAGACGUUCAGUGUCUCGAUCCCGAUCGCGUUCCCAAGUCCGAAGCAUAACGCCAAGAGGAAGAGCCGGGCUAGAAAACCAAACAGAAAUGCCACGUCUACUCAGAAGUAACAGAGGAAUCAGAGGUGGUUUUCAAAAUAUGAAACUCAGGCGUUCAAACUCCUUAACAAAUGUACAGGGUGGUAUCCAAAACAGAUUAGGAAUAACAAACCGCGUAAAUUAUAAUGCUAGGUCUCUUGCAAUAACCAAAAGAGGAGUUUCUAAAAGGGGUCGUGGUUUCAACACUAGAAACAGAUAUAGUAAUGUGGGCCUAAGAUCUGAUCAAAUUCUUAACGAACAGAAGCUGAACUCAAAUAAUUACAUAAGAUCCCAGACAUUUACUAGAUCUAGAAAUAAUUCAUUCAGUUCUCCAUCUCAAUUAACAGUGAGUGUAGCAAACAACUUUGCCAAAAAGCGCAGAAACAGUAUUGGAAAUGCAGGGUAUUUAAAUAGGCAAAGUUUAGCUCAACUUGAUAACCAGUUUGGAGGAUAUAGAACUAGGAAUGGACCUGGUAGUGUUAAGUCAAUGGGUUCAAAUCAAUCUCGUCAAUCUAACUCUAGUAAGAGAUCUUCACAGUCUAGGGGUAGGGGCAGAGCAAGAGGCAGAGGCAACAAUAGGGGUGUUGGAAGAAAUUUUAUAAACAAACAAGUCUUGAAUCCAAAGCUGCAACAAGCUAUAGCUCUUAUCCAAGGUAAAUCAUAUGGUGACAACACAGAAGUUCCACCUGGUGUCAAUUUUACCCCUACUCCUGCUACAACUAAACAAACAUUGCAUCAAAGAUUUGCUACAGCUUGAUCUACUUGUAUAUUAUAUGUACCAAACUGGACUUGUUUAGUUUUUAAGCAUAAGUACAGUACAAUCAGUAACAUUGGAAUUUUGUUAUGACUAAUUAAGCAUGAAGAAGUAUUUUAAUGUUUUCAUUUAACUGUUUUUGUUACUAAUUAUACUAUAAGUGAUAAUAAAAGUCUUAAGUUAG